UUUCUUGCAGAAACUUUAGAAUUCUCCUCUGUAAUAGGUAGAAUUUGGACCUACCUACAGCAUUUGCAGCCGGGUUCCGAGCACUAAUCAAUGCAUUACUUCUAAAAGAUUUUCCUGGAUCUGAAAAUGAACAAACAGAAGAAGACCGUGUAUGAUGAGCAGUCUACAAAUCUUGACCAGUUUGGCACAGAUAUCAUUGCUGAAAUUGAAAAACUGUUUACAAAGACAUUUUUGUAUACCAAACCACCCAACAAUGAAUGGCAGUUGCCUGAUCCCAGCCAGGUUUUUACCUCCAAUCACAAGGCGUUCAGUUCUCUUGUUGCUCUCAAGGAUUCCAUGAAUGAAGUCAAGAACAAACUCAGCGAUAAGCAGCUGGAUGAGUGGCAUCAGCAUACCUCCUUCACCAACAAAGCAGGGAAAAUUAUUGCCCACAUCAAGAAAGCGGUCAAUGCGGAGUUAUGCACUCAGGCUUGGUGCAAAUUCCAUGAGAUCCUGUGCAGCUUUCCUCUCCUCCCCAGUGAUGCUCUUCAAAAUGGCGAACUCAACUCCGUUCAUUUAUGUGAGGCACCUGGUGCCUUUAUAGCCAGCCUCAACCAUUAUCUGAAAUCUCACCGUAUCCCGUGUGAUUGGAACUGGGUCGCCAAUACCUUGAAUCCUUAUCAUGAAGCGAAUGAUACCCUGAUGAUGAUUAUGGAUGACCGACUUAUUGCCAACACUUUGCCCUGGUGGUAUUUUGGUCCAGAGAAUACCGGGGAUGUCAUGAGCCUGAAACACCUUACAGGGCUGCAGCACUUCAUAAGCAACAUGGCCAUCGUUCAUUUGGUCACCUCUGAUGGGAGUUUUGAUUGCCAAGGCAAUCCAGGCGAGCAAGAGAUCCUAGUUUCCCCAUUGCAUUACUGUGAAACUGUCACUGCUUUAAUGACUUUGGGUCAUGGGGGCUCCUUCGUUCUGAAGAUGUUCACUUUGUUUGAACAUUGUUCGGUUAAUCUGCUGUUUCUACUCAAUUGUUCCUUUGAGGAAGUUCAUGUUUUUAAACCUGCUACUAGUAAAGCUGGGAACUCCGAGGUCUACGUGGUUUGCCUACGCUAUUUGGGGAGGGAGGCCAUUCACUUCAUCUUAUCUAAGAUGAUGCAGAACUUUGGGACAGAACUGGUGGCAAAAGCUCUAUUUCCCCAGCACUUAAUUCCAGAGUCUUUUCUUAAAGCCCACGAAGAAUGCUGUUUAUUCUUUCACAAGCACCAAAUAGAGACAAUUUCGGAGAACCUCCGACUCUUUGACUGUAUGGGCCAGGUAGAGCAGGCCAGGCUAAAUGCUUUGCGGGACUGUUCUGUGGAAUUCUUCUUGCAGAGAUUCCAAUUAAAACCCAUUGCCCGGAACAACUGGCUUGUGAAGAAGCCUCUCGCUGGCUAUAGCAUGAAUUCCAAAUGGUUUGGACAGAGGAACAAAUAUUUCUGCACCUACAAUGAGAGAAAACUGCUGGAGUCCCUGUCAUGGGAAGAUAAGGUGGUAAAGGGAUGCCUUAACCAGUGGGUUGAUGAACACGUUCUCAGCAAUGUUGGGAAGGGCUGUAUUUUAGAAGGCACAUCUGGCAACUUCGACUGUCGUUUAUGGUAUAUCCUGGAAGGCCAGCGAUUGCCAAGAGUUAAAUUUUCCCCCUUCUGUGACGGUGAGGUAUUGAAAAGCCUCAACGAAGCCAUUGAAAAGUCUCUAGUUGGCCAGGCUAUUAAUGCUGACCUUAUAAGAACGACAUAUACUGAAUGCCAGUUUUGCUGUGUUCUUACAGCAUCAUCGGUGCUAUCUGAAUUAUCAGAACUUAUGGAAUGUCAUGAACAGUUUCCAGAUAAAGAUUGCACGAGCCCAAGAAAGUGCUUGGUUCUAGGUUUCCCAAUGUUUUGUGAUGAUGAAAGUAGGUCUGGCUUGGAAGUUAAAAACAUGGAGUCAGCAUCUCUCUUGGCUUUUAGCUGCUCUCUACUGCACGAUGGAGAACCAAAAUAUCAGCUGCAUUUUUUAGAACGCCUCUUGGGUGUAUUUCCUCAGCUUCAGAAAGGAGAUGCAUUGGCUUUGCCUAUUCUUUCUUGUUUCACACGCUUUAUGGCUGGUUUGGUCUUCAUAUUGCAGAGCUGCUUCCAGCGCAUUUCCUUUGCUUGCCCCACAUCAUCUCAGCCUUUAAGGACCAAUGCUGUGUUGCUUUGUGCUGGAUAUCAAGGUCUUCCAGGCUCCGUGUUCCAAUACCUGGAGCAGCUGAAUAAACUUAUGAGGACUCUGCUUGACUCCGAGUCUCCGCAGCAGGUCUUGCAAUUUGUACCUAUGGAGAAUCUGCUGAAGGGGUUGCUGCUGGAGUUUCUGUGGGACCUCAACACUGCUAUUGCAAAAAGACAGUUGCAUUUGAUUAUCCAAACUGAGCAGCAGCAUAUGACAUGAGGAAGCCAGAAAUACUUUUUUAACCAUAGAGAACAUGUUUUAGCUUCUGCUGAAAGGUGCCUCGUGAACUGCUGGGGAAGAGGAGAACGUCCAGUUUAGGCAGGAGCGGAUAAUCCAGGGAGCUCAAAGAACUGCUAUGUUACAUCUCUCAGCUGCCCCAGCCAGCCUGGUCAGUAGUGAGGGAUAUCAGUGGGAACUGAUGAGGCGAUGACUGGAGCACCACAAGUUCCCUACUCUUAAUUUAAGUGGUAGAACCUCUGACUCUAAUCCAGCUUUCUCCAUGUGUGUUGGAAUUACAAGUCUUAGAAUUCCCAACAGUAGGCCAUGCUGCCUGGGACAUCUGGGAGCUGUAGCCCCAGUGCUUAUGGAGGAUGGCUGGGGAAGAUUGCCUUGACAGAGCUUGUCCGGGACUGUCUUUACGGCACACUCACGUCAGUGAGAACCUCUCUUUGCAGAGAAUGUAUGAAUUGUCCCAUAUCAGAGGGAAUCAGCUAGGUAUUUUUAAUUGACCAGAGCCCUGCAGUGGGAGCAACUGUGCUUUAAGAAAACUGAGCAGCUAUUUCAGAAUACAAGGUUUUGUGUAAGCAGUACCAAGUAUCACAUUCCAACUUUGUAAAACCCUUCCAUUUCUGGU